AUGCGCACGUUGGGUUCGCGGGUUCUUCUGGGUUCUGUGGUCGCCGCUUCUUUGGUACACGCGUCUCCGUCUAACCGCCUGACCCCGCGCGCACCGCGAGCCAUCUCUGUCGCUUCAGUGACCGAGUUGGGUGCCAUAUCUCAAAAUAGCGUUGUCAAAGCGCGUGAUAAUGGCCAGAGUGCCUUGGUGAACGGGGUAUCAUACUGGUUCUUCGACGAUACCAGUAUGACGAAUGGCUUCCUGGAUAAUACCGCUGCUGCGACAAGCGAUCUUGAUGCGUCGGACAACAUCGUUCUUACAAGCGCGGAUUGGACAAGCACUUCGCACACGGGUACCCCGGGACAAACCAUCCCGCCGACACAAGCCGAGACAGACUUCCAGAACGCACAUGCUACGUCUACGGGCUGCACUGGCUCGAGCGACCCAUACUGCGGUGCAACAUACGCGAUAUGGCCAGGCGCGGUUCUCGCGGACCCCGACAACAAUCGCGUUCUGGUGGGAUAUCAGAAGCUCUGCCGUGGCUCGCAGGGAUCGUCGUGCGCUUCUACCUCGCUCUCUGGAGAGGUGCUGGGGUGGGGAUGGUAUGAGACGGUCUUGUCGUUGGGUCUGGGCGCACGAUUGGAGCCAAGUACGGGUGGCUUGACAGAUCUCACGGGCGUCAAGGAUCCGGCUCUCUUCGGUGGAGCGGAUAGCAUCCAAUUCGCCAACGGAGCUGUCUCAUACAACGACUAUGCUUACAUGUAUGGUGGAGGCAAUGUCUUGACGGGCGCGUAUCUUGCGAGGGCGCCGAUGAGCGACUUCACCAACUUGGCUGCGUGGACAUACUGGGACGGAAGCUCGUAUCAGUCGGACGUGAGCAAGGUUGCAGGGACAAUCACUCCCGGCGCCGCGGGGAACACGGUCUUCUACAGCGCAGCACUCGGCGGCUUCUACAACGUCUUCAUGCCCUUUGGGUCCAGCACGGCGUACAUGCAGUCUGCCUCGGCUCCUGAGGGUCCUUGGUCUUCGGACGUGGAGAUCUUCACCUCGGUCGAGUCCAAUGGGGAGACGAACUAUGCUUGCUUCGCUCACCCGGAGUAUGCUUCCUCGGAUGGUAAGACGCAGUACAUAUCGUACUACCAGACAGGCUCGGGCGCCCAGCGUCUAGUGAAACUCGUCUUGAAUUGA